CCCCAUCCCCCGUCGGUGUCUGGGCCUCGUCCCCUUCUCUGUCUCGCUCUCCUUCCCCAUCGCGUCCCCCCGCACCGACACCCCGUUCUGGCCGCGGUCUCCUCGGCCGCCGCUCUGCUCCCUGGCCCCAUCCAGCCGAGGAUUUGCUCGAAGGCCGCCCCCGAAUACGCACCCGCCCCCUGAGGGCCACCAAGGACCAUGACUAAGACAGAUCCCGCCCCAAUGGCCCCACCGCCCCGAGGGGAGGAGGAAGAAGAGGAGGAAGAGGAGGAACCUGUCCCUGAGGCCCCCAGCCCCACCCAGGAGCGCCGGCGGAAGCCUGUCGUGCACCCCUCGGCGCCUGCCCCCCUCCCCAAGGACUACGCCUUCACAUUCUUCGAUCCCAAUGACCCCGCGUGCCAGGAGAUCCUGUUUGACCCCCAGACCACCAUCCCGGAGCUGUUUGCCAUCGUGCGCCAGUGGGUGCCCCAAGUCCAGCACAAGAUAGACGUCAUUGGCAAUGAGAUUCUGCGUCGGGGCUGCCACGUGAACGAUCGGGAUGGACUGACCGACAUGACACUGCUCCACUAUGCCUGCAAGGCCGGAGCCCACGGAGUCGGCGAUCCCGCGGCGGCCGUGCGCCUCUCGCAGCAGCUGCUGGCGCUGGGCGCGGACGUGACCCUGCGCAGCCGCUGGACCAACAUGAACGCGCUUCACUAUGCGGCCUAUUUCGACGUCCCUGAUCUCGUGCGCGUGCUGCUGAAGGGGGCGCGGCCCCGAGUGGUGAACUCCACGUGCAGUGACUUCAACCACGGCUCAGCCCUGCACAUCGCUGCCUCCAACCUGUGCCUGGGCGCCGCCAAAUGUCUGCUGGAGCAUGGUGCCAACCCGGCACUGAGGAAUCGAAAAGGACAGGUGCCAGCAGAAGUGGUCCCAGAUCCUAUGGACAUGUCCCUGGACAAGGCAGAGGCAGCACUGGUGGCCAAGGAGCUUCGGACACUGCUGGAGGAGGCUGUGCCGCUGUCCUGCGCCCUCCCCAAGGUCACACUGCCCAACUAUGACAACGUUCCCGGCAAUCUCAUGCUGAGCGCACUGGGCCUGCGCCUGGGAGACCGCGUGCUGCUGGACGGCCAGAAGACGGGCACGCUGCGGUUCUGUGGGACCACCGAGUUCGCCAGUGGCCAGUGGGUGGGCGUGGAGCUGGACGAACCCGAGGGCAAGAAUGACGGCAGUGUUGGGGGCGUCCGGUACUUCAUCUGCCCUCCCAAGCAGGGCCUCUUUGCCUCCGUGUCCAAGAUCUCCAAGGCGGUGGAUGCACCCCCUUCAUCUGUCACCUCCACGCCCCGGACGCCCCGGAUGGACUUCUCUCGUGUCACUGGCAAAGGCCGAAGGGAGCACAAAGGCAAGAAGAAGUCUCCAUCGUCUCCUUCUCUGGGCAGCCUGCAGCAGCGUGAGGGAGCCAAGGCCGAGGUUGGAGACCAAGUGCUUGUCGCAGGCCAGAAGCAGGGGAUCGUGCGCUUCUACGGGAAAACCGACUUCGCUCCAGGCUACUGGUAUGGCAUCGAGCUGGACCAGCCCACGGGCAAGCACGAUGGCUCGGUCUUUGGUGUGCGGUACUUCACCUGCCCCCCAAAGCACGGGGUCUUUGCACCAGCAUCCCGCAUCCAGAGGAUUGGUGGAUCUACCGAUCCUCCUGGGGACAGUGUUGGAGCCAAAAAAGUACACCAAGUGACAAUGACGCAGCCCAAACGCACCUUCACGACAGUCCGGACCCCAAAGGACAUUGCAUCAGAGAAUUCUAUCUCCAGGUUGCUCUUCUGCUGCUGGUUUCCCUGGAUGCUGAGGGCAGAGAUGCAGUCUUAGAGGCCCUGGAUUCCCGACAAAGAGUCCCCUCUAGCGUCUCCUGACACAGGAACCCCCAAGUCACCCUGAAAUAGAGACCCAGUAACACAUCCAGAUUAGAAACCCCAUUAGCCAGCCCUCGACCACUGAGGCCCCAUUAUUAACAGACUCCCCCGCGAAACCCCCAAUACAGACCCCAUGUCACCCAGACAGAUUCCCUGAGUAGCACCUUCAGGCUAGCCCCUUCCCCAACCCCUCAGAGCAGGCCCCCCAGUGAACAGAUUUCCACGUCACCCCAAAUGAUGGCGACCCUCUCCACCUAAUGCUCCCCAACAGGCCAUCCUUGAGUCAUUCAUCACUGGAUCAGAACCCCCCAUUAACAAAGACCCCACCCAAGUCCCCUUGAAAUAAACACGGGUCACACCUCCAGAGGAAGAGACUUCAUGCCACUAUGCCCCAUUUUACAUCAAUCUCCUUGAGAUGUCGUGACCCCAUGGUCACCCCAAAGCCCUUACACCCCAGACCCCCAAUCAGAGACUCCCUCCAUUAAUAAAGACUCUUGUUCUUACCCCUCAAGAAGAGAUCCACCCUAACCAGCCCACUGUCACCCCCAGUUUACAGACACCAAAACGGUCCUGGAAGUGCUAAUUACAGGACUCCAAGUCUUCCUGCCCUCUGCGCCCUCGAGAAAGCCCCAGUGCCUUGUAUGAAGCCCCCCAACAUGGCCCACAGCCCCUGUGCUGGCCAGACUCCCAGAAAAUUCUCUAUUUUUUAAGUAAUGACUUCCCCCUUUGGGGGACCCCAAAAUUUGGAGGCCCCAUUCUGGGACUCUGAGGAAUCCCAAGCCUCAGAGUCCACAUGUCCCAAACUCCUCUGUGCCCUCAAGCCCCAAGGCCCCUAACUCCCAGGACCCAAAUCACAGAAUCCCCAAAUCCCCAGGGAAUCCCAAAUUUAAAAAAAAUCCAGCCCGAGUCCCCAGGAAAGCCAAUCAUGUGGUCCUCGUGCCGGGAUGUUGAAGACUGCAGUCAAGAAAUGCAUUCCAGGCUCCGGCGCACCUCGAGCCCUGCUCACGGGCACGAGGAGACCCCAAACAGCAACUCCCAUUCCUGCAAACGGGAGGACUUCAAUGCCAAGUCCACAGAUCUCAAGACACCCACAUUCCAAGAGCCCCCAGUCCCAAGGGGGCCCCUAAGCCCUAAAGCCUCCAUCUCUAAUACAUGGAGGGCCCUAAGACCCUGAGGGGAUCCCAGAUCUUGGAGCCCCACUUCAAUCUGCAUUCUGGUCACAGGUCUGAGUCCUGGGUCCUAAAGGACCCCACAGCACCUGGGCCAGACCAACAGCCUGAGGGCCAACCUGAAGGCCCAGGGGGGUCCAGGGUGGACCUGGGGCCCUGACCACCAAGGACAGCUCACGACUGCCCCUUCACUGCAUGUCCCCAAACUCAGCAUGACCCCUGUCCUCGUCAAUAAAGACGUUUCUAUGGCCUCUCUGUGUCCAGGUCAUUG